AUCACCACACACACACACACACACACAGACACGUUCACAGAGGCAGCUCCGCCUCUUCUGCAGUGUAGCGACAGCUAGUGAGGGCAGCAAUGGAGGAGCCAGCAGUGCAGCAGGAAAAAAUAGAGGGAUCAUGGGAAGGAGGGCAUGAUGGAGGGAAAGCAGACUGGAAGAAUGAGUGCUCCCUCUCCUCCCUCCUUAAACACUCCUGUCUUCUCUGCUGGUCGUCUCCCAGGGACACCGACGUCGUGGAAACGGAUGAGAGAGUCCUUACCAAGGCGGCCGAGAUCAGAGAGCUGGAGAAUUCAGUGGCGGUGGAGAACUUGGAGCUUCAGGAGCAGCAGUCAGACCGAAAGGAGCUGGAGGAGACUCUGGUUAAACUAGAGAAUCACAAAGAGAAGCUGGUGCAGCAAAUCAAAGCAAUCAGACAGCUCUGCUAUGAAGAGAGUCAACAGAUCCUGUCUCUGCAGGCGGACGAGGUGCAGAAGGAAAGCCAGGUGGAGGAGUAUGAGAGGGAACUCGCCAGAGCCAGGUGGAGGCUGAGGAAGCUCAGGGAUGAGGUGAAGCAGGCCAAGAGGAAGGUGGAGGAGGCUGGAGAGAGGAAUACUCCUUUGCAAGACUCCAUCAGACAGUCCUAUGAAGAGAUCCUGCAGGAGGAGCACACUCUGUGUUCUCUGUCAGGAGGUGCAGUCACUCCAGAAAGCCAACUGGAGGAGUCAACAUCUCCGGCGGACACCACUGAAGAUGAUCCGCUUCCCAUGAGGCCGUGGGGGAGAAGCCAGUCGCUGCCGACCUAUGCUAACCUGAUCAUGGGGGCCAGUGGCUCGUCUUUCUGCAAUAAUCUAGCGGAUACGAGAGAAGAAGCAGACGACAGUGGGACCAGCUCACCAAAGAUGGACAGAUCUGACAUUGAUGAUGAGCCAGAAGAGGGGGAGAUCAACAACGAAGGGGGAAAAGAAAGAGAGAAGGAAGAGUCCACUAUUAACGCAAACCCCCUCACCCAACUGGACUUUUACCAAGCCGACCCCUUUGCCCACUGUCAGAGUGACCAUGACCUCUUCAAUGAAGACCUGUUCCCUAAAACUGACUCGUCAGAUGGAUUUGCUUCAGAUCCCUUCAAAGGCAGUGACCCGUUUGCAGCAGAUAUUUUGUUCCCCGAGGUGAACGCCGGCGCUCAUGAAGGGCCUGAAAACGUUGGUGACGAGGCAGACACCAGUCUGUCCUGUGCUGAAAAUAAAGCCUCAACAGGAACUCAGUGCUUUGAGUCUGAAUUCCCCGAUGAAGACAGCGACAUAGAGAUCAGCUAUAGCCGAGAGGACCUGGACGCCAUUGCUGUGGUCGAUGAUUCUCAUGGAUUUAAACCAAUUCAGAGCUCAUCAGAGGAGCUGGGGCCGGAGCCCAUUCAUGGCUGGAGGUCCCAGGGUCAGUAUUCUGUAGAAUCAGACCCUAAUGGGUAUGAGCUGGACCUUGGCACUGUCUCCCCUCCCUCUGAUAUAGAAGAACACAGUCUGGGAUCUCUAGCUGGAGAGUCUAACGCAGAGGCAACGGAAGGACUAGAUAAAGGUCUGAGGUCUAGUUCAACUCAGGCUGUCCCUGCUGUUGGCGAACAAGUCCUUUUGGAACCAGACUGGACAGACAACGUAGAGCAAACUCUGUCACAUGAUGCUACCUUCAGUCAGGGGGCAGAGUGGGUUAGCAACAUCGAAGAGGAACCCGGAAACCCUGCAACUCCCCAAAACUCGCUAGACUCACAAAACCUCUUUAUCCAGCCAGACUCAGAUCAGAACAGAGAGCUAAGCUUUGAUUUGAGCUAUGAACCAACCAGUCAGUCUUCCUUUGAUCCAUAUGGGUUUAAACUCAGUCCAGAACAUUCUAGUCACACCCUCUUAGACCCUGAUGAAGCUGAACUGAGCCCAGAACCUGCUGAAAAUGAUCUGACUUUUGACCCUGAGCCCUCCUCUUCUCAACCAGACCAAGCAGACUUUGAUCCCUAUGGGUUUGAUGUCACUUCCCCACAGGUGGCACGGGACUCUGACCCUUAUGGCUUUAAGCUCAGCCCUGAGGAAGAGAACCAAGAGGUACUGGACCUCUGUGGCCAUGAUAACCAGGAGGCAAUGGACCUGUGCACCUAUGACAACAACAAGCAAGUAGAACCCUCUAACUAUAGCAACCAAGAAGUACUGGAAAGUCAUACCCAUGAAAACCAAGAAGUGCUUGAACAUUGUAGCCAAAAUAACCAGGAACUGCUGGAUUUGUUUAACAAUGGAAACCAAGAAGUGCUGGAAACUUCUAGUCUUGACAACAGGGAGUUAGUUGGUAAAGAAAACUAUGAACUCCUGGAUCUCUGCAGUCAUGACAACCAAGAGGUGGUGGAACCCUUUCGCAAUAACACAAUUGAGGAACUACUUCAACCUUGUAACUAUGAUAACCAAGAAGUGCUGGAACCUUGUAGCCAUUCCAAUCAGGAACUGCUGGAUUUCUCCUGUCCUGAAAAUCAAGAAGUGCUGGAUUUAGAUAACCAUGACAACCAAGAACUACUUGAUAUUGGUAGCAAAGAAUAUCAUCAAGUGCUUGUUGCGGGUAGCCACAACAACCAGGAACUCAGUAGCAGUGAAGAUCAGGAAUUGCUAGAUUUAAGUCAUGACAACCAGGAGGUGCUGGACUUGUUCAGUAAGGAAGUUUUCCCUGAAGCAAACAAUAACCAAUGUGUUGUGGAACCAGAGCUCAAUAUCAGUCCCACCAAUAACAGCUCAGACAGUGAUGUGGCAUCAGAGGACCUGCUGGGUCUUGAACUCAGUAACACCAGUAUCUGCACUACCAACAAAACUAACACGAAUACUGCUGACUCCUACAGCAUGGCAGUCAGUAACAUGUCUGCUAACCAGGACUUUGCUUCAUCCAACUUGUUGGAAGGUGACCUUGGUACAGUGUUUGGGGUUGGAGGAUACAUUGGUUGUCCUGAUGUAGCUGACGACCUAGAGCCUCUGGACAGAAGGCAGGCAAACCCAGUAACAGAGCCAGUACGACCAGUCAGACCGGUUAGGCCUCCUCGGCCCUCCCUCAGGGCCAAGGAGAAGGCUCAGUCACAGGCUCAGGGAAUCGACCUGAAGUGAUCUCUCACCAACCAACGCUCAUGUGGGGGUUGCCAUGUCAGCAGGGUUUCCAUGACAACAGCAUCAACUCAAGACAUGAAGAAGAUGAGGAGAGAAGUAAGAGGACAGGCAAUGAAACGGAGAUGAAGGGGGAUGGGUGGAAUGAAGGAUGGAUGGUUAAAUAGAUGGGGGGGGGGUCGUUCUGCUGUCAUUUAUGGCAAUAAUUGUAGUUUCAGCUGCUCUUUUGUUUGGAGGUUACAAAGGGAAAAAUUGAAAGAAUGGAGUAGGCAAGAUGUAAAAACUAGUAGGUACCAUGGGAUUAGCUGACUCCUCAAGAUUUAAUGAUUACUAUUAAUUGUAAUUAAUUGUAAACCAAUAUUAAUUGGCUCAUGACUUCAGUCUAUUUAGAGUGAUUUGUAGAAGUCAGGGUUGGAAACACAAUGAACAACAUGAAAAUAAUCUUCCCUAUUUUUAUUUGAGCUUAGUGUUGUAGCAUGUGUAAGUGGACAUAGAUAAAAUGUAUAUAUAUAUAUAUUAUAUACUCUAUUGUGAUUUUCAGGUUAUCUAGUCAAUUUGUAGUUUUAGGUCUAAAUUAAAUGAGUGCUAUAGAGAGUUUGGUCAGGCUGUACAGUGAGUGUAUAUUAGUACCGGUAACAUGCCCAGUGUUUGCAGUCAUCAGUUACUUUUAGGUGGUCCUUAAAGAGUACCUUGACAGCAGGCGGAAACGCAGUGCUUCACUGCCAUCUCUGGUUUAAAGUUUCCAGCCCGUUUCACCUUUAACCACAGCAUGACUGAUCUGUGUGGACAGAAGUUUGCUUUGUUGCACCUGUAACCACACUAGACAGUGAUCUCAUGGCAUCCUGGAGUACACCUGCACAGCACUGCCGCAAGGUGAGUUAACCACUGGAAGUCAGCAUAAUUACCUUUUUCAGGGGGUGUUAAAUUACUGUUUCGAGCAUUUUAGCCACUGAAAGUCAUACUUGAACAUUAUAAUCAGUAGCAUUAAACAAAUGGAUCAUCAUUCGGACAUCAACGCCAAAAACUGUCAGCAUCAAAUGGCCUCUACUCUGCAUUUCACUGCAUCAGUGUCCCAGUUCCAUAUGACAUACUAAUAAGAUGAAAAAGAAAAACUAUGCACUACUGUCAAAUUUGCACUAUUUUGGUAGUUAGUUUAGAAGAUAUUGAUUUUUUAACUGUUUGGUAUCAACACAAAAGGAUAGUAAGUAUGCAUAGACAGAUGUGAAACUGCGACUUUGAAAUAUUACUGCCAGUUUAAAAACGAAACAAAAACAGUCAGCAAAAAUUGUAUUUCCAAGGACCUUUAUUCUGUUUUGUGAGCUGCCACUGGAGUCGACACACCGCUCUCUGCCUUUUUCUUCACUAAUUUACAGCUGUGGAAAGCUGUUAUGCUGUAUUGUGGGACAAAAGUGUCCAUCAGCACAACACUCAAACCACUAGAAAGACAAAAAAGAUAAAAACAGAAAGACUUGUGACCACACUCAAAAAACAGCAAACAGAUAGGGUAACUUGAGCUAAUACAGAUUACAGCAGAUUUAACUUAUUAUCCAUAUAUCAGCAUGGGUGUAAAUGGAGUAGCAACAAAAUUACAGAAAUGCCAUCGUAUGUUUCAGAUGUCUAUAUCGUAUAGAGUUUGUCCACCAGAGAGAUCUGACAAGUUUAUUUUUGACACUGUAGAAUAUCCCACUCACCCCAAAAUCAGAUUUUACAAACAAACCAAUAGAGAUUUUGUACUUUUUUUGGUUUACUGGGGCAUUUUGAAUGUGUUUCACAACUGUCCAAAAUGUCUCCUGCAUUUCCUUUAUGCAUUGCAUUGUUGGCCAACUGUCAUCAGCAGCAGCACACUCAGGCUGCUGUAGGCAGGCAGAUUGACACCUUUGAAAAUGUGAAAUUUACUACCUACUGGAAACCUGCUUAGACAUAGUAUUAAGUAUGGAAUUGGGACACAGCUAGAUUCACGCACCAGGUGGGAUCUGGCACGAGCAGCACUUGAUCGCUUUACAGCGCAAACAAGUAGAGAAAUGGGCUGACAGUUUUCAGAGUUUCUUGCUGGCAGGUAAGGUCUGAUAGGCCAAUGAGAAAAUCCCUUCCAACAUGUUUACUCCCGCCAAACCAAAGACAGUCAGAGAGGGGGACUGAGCUCAGAUAGAAAUGGGCUUUAUGGUAAAUGUAUCCUGACUGCUCUGCCACCAUCAGCUCAGUAUUGGCUGCCCCUAAAGACUGCAGUGUCCAAACUCUGUCUCUGUAUGGCUAUGGGUUGGCUGUAGAGAGCAGUAGGUCUUGCUGGUUGAAUGAUGUCAGAUAAACCUGCAUGAAGUAGAACAUUUUCCAUCAUUCUUUUAUUAAACCUGCAAUAAUAGUUUUUGGGAACAAGAAACAAGUUGCAAACACAGCAUAGACAUAUGAUCACCUUUAAAGCUGAUAUGGUGAACAUGUGAACAUCUACAUAUAUUUAGACAUCCAGCAGUUGAGGAGCAAUGUGAUCAUUCAUUUGGAGACUCUUUAGCUCUACCAACUCCUGAGGUUAUUCAGCUGCUAAAUGCUCCCGUGUGUUCCCCUGCUCGUCUAGCUGUGGCAGGUCAUAAACAGUGGGUUUGUAGAGUUUUUUCGUUAAGAACAGCUGCCUGCUGUGAGGGUGGUGAGACCAACAACCAUCCAACAGUAAAGUAGCACAGCUAAACAAUGAGCUAAAACUGUGAAAAGCCGAGGGGGGAGGGGUUGCAGAUUCAGGUGAUUAUUCGUCAUAGGUUCAAGUGAUAGUGAUCAUUUCAUUUCAUACAUUGUUAUUGUUGUCAGUUACAGCUGCUUUAAGGUGACACAGACACUCAGAACAAAUGCUGCAGUUUAACUGUCACUGCUCUGUUUCUGCUGCUGGAAGAAACAGUCCACAACUACCAGUACAUUUCAUCUAGUGGCCUGGUUAGUGAAGCAGUCCACAUUCAAUAUAUCAUGUAACCAAUUCAUCAAACAGUUUACAAAUACAGAAAUAUACAUACAGAAUUAUUCUUAUAUAAAAUGAAGAAUGUGAUUGUAUGAUAGAACAGUGGUGUGUCCAAUGAAGGUGAUCUAUCUCGGAUGACAGUCUACCAUCACACUGGAACAGACAGGCACUGCAGGAACAUUUCAGUUAAUAUUAAGUUUCAGUUCUCGCCUACCUCAUCACUACUUUGCCAUGAUUGCAUGACAACACUGUGAACCCUGAAAAGCAAACAUUCUGUGUAACCAUGUGCUGUGUCAAGACAAAAUGCAAAGUCAUGUACUGUACACACUGUAUAACCAAGACAUUAAAAAGUAUGAUACGACGCCUCUGAGUCAGAUCUGACAUUCUGCUGGCUUUAUGGACAAGAACAAGAGAUGAGUUCGGAACAGUCAACGUCAUCAGGCAACAUAACUAACAGACAUAUUUCAUAUAAAUACUGUAUACCUGUGAGAGCCAGUCUUCAGUGCCAUCUUCUGUACAAAAUCAUGUUCAGUUAAAUUUUCAAAUGAAUCAAAUUUGUCAUUCAUGCAGUACAAGCAACAUACAGGCAUGACAUGGAUUUGACUGUGGGUGAUAUGGAUAACUUAUCCAUCACAGUAUAUGUAACCUUAUGUCAAGAUGCACCUAAAUACUGCAAUAUAUUACAUUUCUUGGAAAAAGAAAUUGAUAAUUAAAAUAGAUAAAGGCAUUUUUUUUGUUGUUGUUUUGGGGUAAUCCUGCAAAUUAGGUACCAAGCAACUGAAAGCCAGUUUGUAGUAAAGCAGUCCUAUUCAGUGAUUUGCAAAAUUGAACACAAAAACCCCAUACAACCAGUGAUAUUAGGUGGGAUAUCUGCAGCGGCGCUGUAAUGGCACAGCACUAGAACAAUUUACAGCAUAUUGUCUCAUAAUAUUUAUCAUAAAUCAACACUUCUGCAUGACAUCAACAUUUUAUGUUCAGCUGUUUGAAAAACAUGUUGUUUUGCAGUUUCCAACAAAGUAACUAAAGGAAACGUGUAGUGGAACAUGUGUUAAAGCACUUCGAAGAACGCUGGCACUCCUAUUAAUGUACCAGAUUUGUUCUUCAGAACAAGGAUUCAGUAACAUUUUCCACCUGGAGUUUCCUCUUAAAACACGAACAACAUGUACAAGUGUCCCACGUCUGAGUUAUACUAUCCAAAGCUAAAACUGUUCUUGACUUAUAAAUGGUAUCCAUACUGAAAUGUUGAAAAUGCAUCAUUGUACAUAGGCACACGUAGCACAAUAAGAUCACAUUCCCUGCACUGUAAAAAUGACAACAUAUUUAUUUAUGGACUAUUAUUUUGUAAUCAUUUCUAUUUAUUCUGUCAUGAUCACAAUACUCGUGAAAGCAGGUGUCAGAGCAGUAAUGUUGUCGAGAGAGACAGAAAAGAUAGUUGCUUCUGGAGCUUGUCAUUUGUUGCAGCGUGUGUUUUCUAUCAUACAGAUGUAUGCACUUUAAAAGCCAGGGUUGACUGAAAUGAUAUUCAAAACAACUUCUGUGUUUUGCCAUGGUCAAACCAUAGUUUCUUGUGAUGAUAAUACAUUUCUGUGUGAUGUCGUAUGUGUUGCUGUCUAAUUGUGAGGUUCUGUGUUGGAAAAAUUAAGAAAUAAAAGUCUUCUAUA